CCCCUUUUAUGGAAUACAAAGAAAUGGCGUAGUUUGUAGCACGGCGCCUAGUGCACUGUUCGGGAUUCCCGCACCCCAGUAAAUCCUCAGCCUGCAGAGCCUAGCAGCAGCUGCGGCGUGCAGCGGUGAGGGAGGGAGUGAGCGAGCGAGCGAGCGUGCGCGUUUCCGUUGCCUGGGUGACCAGGACGCGCGGCCCUGCGUUAUGGCGGAGGAGUGGAACCAGGACACCGGGGAAACCGUAUACAGGUCCCGGGAUCCGGUGAAGAACUUGAAGAUCCGGGUAGUGCUGCAGCGGGUUUCCCGGGUCAGUGAGCUGGUACAACGCUUGGAGGAGCAGGAAGGUCUCGGUGGAGGGGACAUAGCGCUCCGGACACUCAGAUCCACCAUCGGCACUGGGCAACCCCACCUUUCUGACGACAAGGAAGAGGUUGUUAUUUCCUGGCAGGAGAAGCUUUUUAGUGAGUUUGAAUAUGAGCUGUACAAGAAUGAGGCUGUUUGUCAGACCCCUCUGGAUCGUCAGUAUCAUCAAGACAUACUGUCACUGGAGCGCACUGGAGGACGGAAAAACAGACGUAUCUUUACUUAUACGGACUACGACCGAUACACCAACCUAGAAGAGCAUGGCCAGGCAGUAACCACCACUGACAGAGAGACCCGCACGUUCCUGGUGGAGCGAAUGGCAAACCUCAGAAGACGACGACAAGACAUAAAACCAUUAGAUGGAGCUGGGAUACGGAAUAGUAUUGUCACAUGGGAGCCAUCAGAGGAGUUCAUAAAGAAUAAUCACACCAUAAAUACACCAGUGCAGACCAUGUACAUCAUGGUAGACUUGGGACCAAGUGGAAAACUGGGAUUCAAAGAGAAUGAGCAUGUUCUCUGUACCAUACGUGUAGACAGUAAUGGCGUGAUCACGUUCAAGCCGGAUGUAACUGGCACAAAGGGUCCGUACAGGCUGGAGGUGGAGGGUCACAAGCGUGAGCUAUGGAAAUUCACCCUGCAGCACGUGUCUGAGUCAGUACAGAGAGCAGAGCAGGAGCAGGAGGAGAAUCUCUACAAGGAUCUGUACAGCCGACAUAGGGAAUACCUGAACGGUUUGGUGGGCUCAGAUUUUGAGAUGCCACCUGCUGGGACCAUGCGGGUCUUUAUUAAUGGAGAGAUUGUGUCUGCUCAGGAAUAUGAGUUUAAUCAUAUUUAUGUGCAUUACUUCAUGGAGCUGCCUAAGAACUGGUCCAGCCCUGCAUUCCAGGAGCUUUCUGGAGUAACCCAGAGCUGUAGACCUAAAACACUUGGAAGAGAAAAUGUGGCCUAUUUCUCCUAUCCUUUCAGCUUUGAGCUUUUCCUGUCUGAGGAGGUUGAGUCUGAGGAUAUCGCUCAGUGGCCAGUUCUAUACUUUGAGGUCCUUUCUCUGGAUUUUUGGCAGAGGUAUCGAGUUGAAGGCUAUGGAUAUGUUGUGUUACCUCAGACGCCAGGAAUGCAUAUCCUCACCAGACAAACAUGGCGGCCUGUGGAACUGGGGACAGUGUCGGAGCUCAGAAGGUUUUUUAUAGGCGGUUCCCCAGAACUUGAGGACCUAACUUAUGCCAAAGUUCCCAGUACCUUCCAGGGUGAGCAUCUGAGUCGCUUUGGUUUCAGGACGGAGACAACAGGCAGUGUGACAUUUCGCUUCCACUCUAUACACCAGUCACGAUCAUUCCUUGACAGUAGCUCUCUGAGGAAACGAAAGCAGAGCAUGCUGGAUCGUCUGAGAGGCUCCAGCCAGCAAACCUCCAUUCUGAAUGUCCGUGAUGCUUUUCUGAGGGCACAAAGACGAAUGCAGAUGGCCAGAGAGAGCCUCCUAACCGAUAUUUUGAGCACUUCAAAGAUAUCACAACUUGAACAGUCAACCGCCUGAAACAGCCAUAUCACCGUUUAUUGCAGCGGCCUAGUUACCAUUAAAUCGUUACUGUAUUUUAA